CCGUCCGUGCCGCGCGCCGCCGCCGCCAUGGUGCGCUUCAAGAACAGGUACGUGCUCUGCGAGGUGAUCUCGGAGGACCCGCGGUGCCGGCAGUGCAUCGAGGACCGCGCGCUGGGCCUUGCCAUCAGAGACGCCAUCACGCGGGUGCACGGGGACUACGGCCUGGCGUGCUGCUCCAUCUCCUUCACAGUGAAGUACCUGAACGCCUACACCGGGACGGUGCUGCUGCGCUGCCGCAAGGACUCGUACCGGCUGCUGUGCUCCGCGCUGCCCUUCGUGCGCUCCCUGGAGAGCCGCGCCCAGCGCUACCCCUGCUUCCUCAACACCCUGCACGUCGGAGGUACCAUAAGAACAUGUCAGAAAUUUCUGAUUCAGUAUAACACAACACAGCUACUGAGGUUGUUGCAAAACUGUACAAAUGAAGAGGAAAGACAAUGUAUACAGAAGUCCUUGUUGAGCUGUUCCCUCACAGAAGAGCCGUCUCCAAGUGGGGAUGAGGAGGAGGAUGAUGAUGGCACAGAGACAGACUGAAUGGCACUUGUUACUGUUCACCUCCAUUCUGUACUUGUUUAAUCAAGAUGUGACAGGUUAUCGUCCAUGUUAAGCAGUGGACAGGAAAAGCAUUUGUUCAUAUUUAGACUUCAUUCCCCAUUCCAAAUGUUAUUAAACGAUUUUUUUAAAAAAAUAAAACAUUAUUUCACUUGA